AAACAUGGCCCAACCUAAUAACCAGUUGAGCUAUGGCGUUGUGCGCCGUCUGUGGACCAGACACCCAUACUGAUUCGCUGGCGGCAGGCCGACGGCUACGGAGACGGAAGUGGCGACCGGUUCCGGCGAGGCGCAGGCGACAGAUAGGGGACAGGGCGACCAUUUCUAGCGAGGCAGGAGCGGGGAAGAUCCGGAAGCUGCGAUGUCGAAGCGGCUGCUGUCGCGGCUGCUCGGCAUGUUCCAAUCGCGGACGCAGGUGGGCGUCGACAAGGCCGGCAACCGCUACUUCACCCGCGUUGAGGAGGUCGACGGCACAAUGAAGGAGAGGCGCUGGGUGGAGUUCAAGGGCGCAGACCAGGACUCGACCACCGUUCCAGGCAUUCAUGUCGUGCUUGUAGUCGAGUGGAUUUGCUGGCUGAAUGGCCAAAGGAAGAAAGCUCCAACACCAGAGGAAUUGGCUGAGCUGGAGGCAAGACGUGAACGUGUCAAGCAAAACAUUCAGCUUCUCAAAAAGAAAGAAGAAGAGGAAAGAAAAACUGGUAUCCAACCAGUCAAGAAAAUUGCAGGGAAAGCUGAAUCUCCAAAUCUCCAAAGUUUCGUGAAGCAGCAGUUCUCGGGUACUCCUCCAGAUCAGCAGAAAGUUAACACUCUAGGACCUGAGGAUAGGCCUAAGGACACAACUCAUACAGAAGAUGCUACGACAGACAAUGAGAGGUAUACUGAACCAACGGGAACUGGUGCCACUUUCAAGCCAGGGACUUGGCAGCCACCAACAUGAAUGCCAACAUGAACUUUAGAAGAUGAAGGACGGUGUACCGGAGCAUUUUCCUUUCACCUAUCUGUGUAACAUUUUAACAUUUGCUCUGAAAGAAUCACUAGCCUAUGUUCCUUCUUUCAGAUGGUUACCCAUCUGAUGGAGUUAUAGCCUUAAGUUCCUUCUUUUAGAUGCUUACCCAUCUGAUGGAGUUAUAGGUGAUCGGGGGCUCCCACGGUAUGCUGUUUUUUUUGUGGCUAAAUUGUCCUCUGUAAUCUUUACUGUGAUAGCAACUGUAAUAAACUGGACCAGUGUUUUGCAUCAGGGCUCUCUUAGAGACACUGUUCAACA